AAGUUCAGAUAUCGCAGAUAAAUAUUUGUACCUGCCAUAUGUUUAAAUGAUAACAUUUUGAAAAUUUUGAAAUGAAAGUAUUCGAUACUUGUUUUUAUAUAACAUAUAAAUGAUCAAAUUACUAUUACGUACAAGUAGAACAAAUCAAAAUAAAUCUAGCCGACUUACGUUUCAACUGUCAAGUUGUUAUAAUCUAAAUAUUUUGAUCCUGUCAAAAGCUAUCAGUAUGAAUAUUCUAUUACCACCAGAAGGUGUACGAGGUAUGAAAGUAUUUGAUAUAGAAAAAUUUUCAAAAAAAAUCAGUGUACCUACUGUAGAAAUUGAUAAAGAAAAUGUUGUUAUUGCCAAUGAAAUUUUAAAAGAUAAGCUGAUAAAAUUAAGCAAUUUUAAACCAAUUCGAAAUUGUGAUUAUGACAAUAACAAGCGUGUAUUUAUUCUUGAUCCAUCAAAAGUAUCCUCAUUUCAUGAUCUGAAUUUAAAUUUCACUGAAAACUUCAAAUACAUUGAUUUACUUUUGGGUUAUGAAAAUUGGAAACAUGAAGAUAUUAUUAGGUCUGUUCUUCCAGAAGAUUUAAUGUUGUCUAGUUAUUCAUCUAUCGGUUCAAUUGUUCAUGUAAAUCUGAAAGCUGAAUUAUUAGAAUAUAAAUAUAUUAUUGGUCAAGUUCUAAAAGAUAAAAUUAAAGGUUGUAGUUCUGUGGUCAAUAAAAUUGAUAAUAUUAAAAAUGUAUAUAGAAAUUUUGAAUUUGAAGUUCUAUGUGGUUCCAGCGACCUAAAAACAUCAGUUAAAGAAAACAAAUGUUGUUUUGACUUAGAUUUUUCAGAAGUUUAUUGGAAUCCCAGAUUAUGUACUGAACAUGAAAGAAUUUUAAAAAAACUGAAUAGUGGAGAUAUUUUAUAUGAUGUGUUUGCUGGAAUCGGACCAUUUUCAAUUCCUGCUGCAAAAAUGGGAUGUGUUGUGUUGGCUAAUGAUUUAAAUCCUAAUUGUUGUAAAUGGUUAAAUAUUAAUAAAAAGAAAAACCAUAUUAAAGACAAUCUUUUAACAAUUUUUAAUAAAGAUGGGGCUUGUUUUAUAAAAGAUGAUUUAAAAGCACAUUUAAUAUCUUAUUCAGAAAAAUUAACACAUAAUAGCAAUAUUAAAAUUCAUGUAACUAUGAAUCUACCAGCCAUUGGUAUUGAAUUUGUAAAAUGUUUUCAUCAACUUUUUGAAUGGGAAGAAAUAUCUGAUUAUAGUUUACCUAUUCUACAUAUUUACACAUUUGUAAAAACUGAUAUAAGUUAUGAAAAUGGUUUAAAAUUGAUAUUGGUUGAAAACGAUUUAAAGAAUUGUGAUAUUCAAGAAAUAUUUAGAGUUAGAAAUGUUGCACCUAAUAAAGAAAUGAUUAGAAUUACAUUAUUAACAAAAAAAGAUAUGAUAUGCAAAACAAAUAACAUUAAGAGAAAAAUAAUUUACACAGAAGAGAAUAAAAAAACAAAAUUUGUAUAGUUAUGAACCUAAAUAAAAAAUAAAGUUUUAACAAAUAAUUUAUUGGUUUUUUUAUGUGAGCAUUUUUCUAUGUAUUGGUAAACAUCCUCUAUUGAAUAAAUAAUUAAUAGAUGUAAGCUUUUAGUUUCUAAAAUAUUGAUUUAAAAUUUUGGUAGUUUUCUCCUUACGAAAAAUUAGUUUUAUUUUACACUAUUUAUACCUACUUAAAAUAUUUUUGACAAAUUAUUUCCUAGUGCUUAAUACAUUUAUAUUAGUUUUUAUAUAACAAAAAAAAGGGGGUUGAAGCUCUAUACAAUUUCAAGAGGUAAAUUAACACAUCCAUUAAAAAUACAAAUAACUAAUAACUCGUAUAAUAUUUUUAUCUUAAGUUCAAUUGAAAAACGAUUAUUUAAAAAUAUUAUUUCUAAUUACUUAAAAGAAAAUGUAAUAUAGUAAUUAACUUAAAAUAAUGAUUUCUAUAUUUAGCAAAAAUGCA